AUGAAGCAUUCGGUCAUUUUAAAUACUUUGUUUCUAGGUUUUUUUAUUGGAUUUAUAGUUGAGAUGGUGUUUUUGCAACGCGUCUGGAGGAAGAAAACUACGGAUGCGUUCAAAGGUGUAUUUAAUCAGGAGGCAAGCGAUUCCGCCAAGGUCUCGCAUGAUUCAGACAUGAAAAACGUGGGAGAAAAUGACAAAAGUUACGUUUCCGGGGUUUACUAUAGUAAUUGGUCGCCCUUUCCCCCCAGAAGUCAUUUUCCGCAUGAUGUUAAUUUGGAGAGAAUAACACAUUUGUAUUAUUCAUUCUUUAUUAUUGAUCAGGACACAGGCGAGUGCAAGUCCAGCGACGAAUGGUCGGAUUUCCAGAUGGAUACUUAUAAGGAUUGGUAUGCCAAAUCUUAUGGUCUGCACGACGAAAAUCGCCACCAUUCGCAUGAUGCAAAAGAGGUAUUGCCUAUGGGCUGUCUUGGUGAAUUGUUCUAUCUGCGUAAAGCAAGACAUUUGUCCAAACUUAACAUCACCGAUGGUGCUGAGCAAUUUUCUACAAUUUUAUCCAUUGGAGGGUGGUCGAACCGACAGGCAUUUCCCGUGAUAGUUCGUGACAAAAACAAAAUGGGUGCUUUUAUCAGAAGUGCGGUAGAAAGUAUGGUGAAAUACGGGUUUGAUGGAAUUGAUAUUGAUUGGGAAUUUCCUCGAAAUGAUGGGAUUGAGCCACAAGCGUACUGUGACCUUAUGAGUUCGCUCAAAGAAGCACUCUCGAAUUUAGAAAAGACCAUUUUCGGUGCUGACUCAGAAAACCAUUUCUUGCUGACAACUGCCAUUCCUGCUUUGGUCGAGAACCUUGAAUUCUUGCCGCUAUCUCAAGUUGAUGAGUAUGUUGAUUACUGGAAUUUGAUGGCCUACGAUUUUAGUGGGUCGUGGUCAUCAAAAACCGCCUACCAUAGCAGCCUUUUCGCUUCUAAAAAUGACCAAACCACUCCCUGUACCGACAUGGGUGUAAGGUUUCUCAUAGACCAGGCAAAGGUCCCAUCUCGCAAAAUUGUGCUCGGGAUGCCCGCUUAUGGUCGGGGAUUUACUAGAGUUAAACUCCACGCCUAUGAUGAGCCUGUCAUUGGACACAAUUUCAAGGGUGUUGGAGGAGCUUCUGAGGGCGAGCCCGGCAUUUGGCAGUACAAUCAAUUGCCUUUAAAUGGUACGGAAGAGCAAUUUGAUGCUGAUGCCGUUUCGGCAUAUAGCAUUGAUGUCCAGAAACGGACUUUGGUUGUUUACGACAACACCGAAUCCAUGAAGCGCAAGGCCCAAUAUGUUAUGGAUAACAAUCUUGCUGGAGGAUUUUGGUGGGAAUCCUGUGGCGACUAUCAAACAGACAAGUCAAGAUCGCUGAUAGUUACAUUCACUGAUGUAUUGCCAGCGCUGGACAAAAAACCGUCAAUUUUUACGCGGACUGAAAUGGCAAACUUCUACGCUGCUCACUACCCCAGUGAGCUUUUGUCACAAAUUCUAAAAUAG